AUUUUCUUCCCCCACAGCGCACAGUACAUGAUUAGAUGAAACUAAGAUAGAAAAGUCGGAUUAUUUUCGCUUUAACACAGUAAAGGUAGAUUUUAAACUGUUUUAUUGUUAUUUUGUGAGUUGUAAAUCGGUGUUAAAGCUGAUAUUCAACACAAAAAGCUAAAAGAUUAGCUGUUAUAAUGGUGUAAAAAUGAGUUGGUUUGAUAUACAGAUGCUGGUGGUGUUAUAGAGGUUAUAGAGGUUAUAACUGAGUAAUAAUACGGUUAUAAUCACUCUAGUGCCAUGCCAUGGACAGAGAGACGUUAGGUGCAUGCAGCAGCCUGGUUAAGGUGGACCGUCAGCCAUGUAGUGAGCUGCAGCCAUCACACUUUCUGCACUACAUCCAGACAGAAAUCCCCUACAGCCAGUUCUUCAGCAGAUACCUUCUGCCCAACCGGCCAUGUAUGUUCUCCUCCUACUUCACCCAGAACUGGAGCAGCAGGAGCCGCUGGGUCGGACACGACGGCAAGCCUGACUUCCACACUCUCCUGCAGGGGUUUGAUGACACACUGGUACCAGUGGCAGACUGCAACACCAAAGAGUACAACUCCAACCCCAAACACACCAUGAGCUUCAGAGAUUUCCUCUCCUACUGGAGAGACUACAUUCAGAAUGGACAUUCUUCACCUAAAGGUUGUCUUUACCUAAAGGACUGGCACAUGCACAGGAUGUUUCCAGAGCACCACGCCUACACCACGCCCAUCUACUUCUCCUCUGAUUGGCUGAACGAAUACUGGGACACGCUGGAUGCGGACGACUAUCGCUUCGUCUACAUGGGACCUAAAGGAUCCUGGACGCCGUUCCACGCCGACGUUUUCCGUUCCUAUAGCUGGUCAGCGAACAUCUGCGGCCGCAAGAAAUGGCUGCUGUAUCCACCAGGGCAGGAAGAGUUCCUGAGAGACUGCUGUGGAAACCUGGCCUUCGAUGUCACAUCCCCAGCCCUGCAGGAUCAGCGUCAUUUCCCACGAUUCAGUGAGGCAUGUCGCCCCCUGGAGGUGAUUCAGGAGGCUGGAGAGAUCCUGUUCGUCCCCAGCGGCUGGCAUCAUCAAGUCUACAACCUGGAGGACACAAUCUCCAUUAACCAUAACUGGCUGAAUGGCUGUAAUGUGGAUGUAGUGUGGGACUUCCUGCAGGGGGAGCUGUCAUCUAUACAGAAGGAGAUCCACGAGUGGAGAGACACCAUGGAUUCCUGGGACCAUCACUGUCAGGUGAUGAUGAAGUCAUGUACAGGGAUUGACUACGCUGAAUUCGUCACCUUCCUCAAAACCAUCGCUAAUCACCGUAUCUCCUUCUUGUCCUCUCGUCAUGGAAACACGUUGUCAGAGACACUUAGUGCUCUUGGGCCUCACCAUGUGACCUUUGACCUUCAGAGGGUGGCUCAUGUCUUAGAGAACAUGCUCAGCAACGAGGAUUUUAAGCGAGUGGAGGCGUCAGCUCUGGGGAUUAACCUGGAGGAGCUGCUGCAGGAGAUCAGAGACACCAUCAGCAAAUACAACAAUGCAUACUGAACACUGAACACCUGAACAUCCUCACGCUGUAGGUUACUGGAGUGGAGGAUCAUCCUGAACAUCUGACUUUCAGUGUUACUAUGGAAGCAUUAGUGUCCCCUGAGUUCCUGUUAAAAUAAUGAAUAAACUCUAUUUAUA